CGGCCCAACCAUUUGUCACAUUGGAAUACCUUUCCUGGUCGACUGCCGAACCGUGACCUUUACAUAUAAUUAAGUUUUAUUUAACCAAGAUGUUGGCCAUCGUAUUGUGCGCCGUGCUGGCGGUGUGGGCGCCCGCCAUCCGGGCGGCGGCGGACUGUCCCGAGUGCGUGAGCAAGCCGGAAGUGUGCUGGUCGCAUGCCCACGCGGCGGAGGAGGCCAACACCGGUUACGAGGAGUCCUGCGCGUAUCUGCGCUGCGACGACGACCGCAUGGUUGUCACCGUCAGAAGCCCGGCACGGCUGCAGCAUAUCCGGCUGGAGGCCGUCAGACCCUUGCCCAACGGCCAGACGCAGCACUGCGAGAAGGCUACCUUCCAGCGUCUCACCGGCUGGCCCGUGGAAGUGGAAGCCGCCAACACCAUCGAUUUGGCGGUUGUGGGCGGUCUAGUGUUGGACCCCGUUGACGAUCCCAGCAUCGAUUAUAUGAACCAACAACUUUCCCAGUACAACGCUCGCCCCGGCCCGCGUGCCGACGAACCGGGUCUGCAGUCACUCGUACCCGGGGGCGUGCUGACGGUGCCCCGCGGGAGCGUCUGUGGCGCGGACGGCUCCGUGGUGUGUCCGACGCAGUACAAUCUCCAGGCGGCCACCGUCGACGUCAAGGAGUACCUGGCCGUCACCGGCAACCCCGACAUCGAGAUCAUCACCCGCAAGCGGCUGACGCUGCGCUGCCGCGCCACCAUCCGCCAACCGCCCGCCGGCUCCUACCUGCCAAAGGUCAAGACGGAGGCUACCCACACGUGCCGACAGACCGCUUACCAAAUUGUCGGUCGCCAAAAUGAUGACCGUUUCGAGAUCACGGUAUCGGAGAACCGGCACACGCAGGCGGCCGACCGCCAAGUGGGAUGGUUCGUCGACAGCAUCACCCUGGGCAAACUGCCCACCGACCAGAUCCUCAAUAAUGCCGCCAUCACCCCGGUGGGGGCGGCCAUCGACACCGUGGUCGGCUUCAACCUGGCCAGCGCGCCAGCCUCCCAGCCGGCCUGGACGCCGUCUACCCUGGCCUACCAGUGGUCCAGCGACGUGGUGGUGGUGCCGGGUGAGGAUGAAGUGCAGUUGGCCUCCACGUCCCUGUACUGCGUGCACCAGCCGACGACCGGGACGUUCGAACUGUGCGACGGCGCCCAGUUCUGCUCGUAAUUACGGAAGACCAAGUAUUGGCGCAUAAUUUAUUUGGCCGCGCAUGACGACCUUUCAUACUAUAUUACGAAUAAUCGCACAGACUGCAGCAAAACUGAUGUUUAUUAUUUUGUUGAUCUUCGCCUCUGAACAUGUAUACGACGCCUCCGCUGUGUUGGCUAAUGAGGACGGAAUAUGCGGGAAAUUUUUAUCGGCUACGCGUUGGUCGAAGUGUAUUCAGCUGCGUACAUAUACAGUACACUUUAUGCAGCAACGAAAUGCGAUAAAUAAAAACACCGAUGUGUGUAA